AUGAAGCCUCUGCGCAUUGCUUUCGCGCGAUUAUCAGCACGGACAUUGCGCAGCCCAUCGCAAUUGGGGCGACAGCAAUCAAGUGCAGCUUCCACACAUCGCCCAGCUCCUCUUGCUGGUAUCACUGUUAUCAGUUUGGAACAGGCCAUUGCAGCACCCUUCUGCACACGUCAAUUAGCCGAUCUGGGAGCUCGCGUCAUCAAAGUUGAACGACCUGUAGUGGGAGACUUCGCCCGCCAAUAUGACAACCGUGUCAAUGGUAUGUCUUCUCAUUUCAUGUGGACCAACCGCUCCAAGGAGAGUUUGGCAUUGGAUCUCAAGAACGAGCAAGAUCAUAAAAUUCUCAUGAAACUCCUGGAACGAGCAGACGUGCUAGUCCAGAACUUGGCGCCGGGUGCAUCAGCUCGAUUGGGGCUAUCGCACGAAGCGCUAAAGGAGAAACACCCCUCUCUGAUCGUCUGUGACAUCUCCGGGUAUGGGCAAGAUGGUCCUUAUCGUGACAAGAAGGCCUAUGAUCUUCUUAUCCAGAGCGAAGCAGGAAUGCUCUCUGUCACUGGUACUGGGAAAGAGCCAGCGAAAGUUGGUAUCUCGAUUGCGGAUAUUUCCGCAGGAAUGUAUGCCUACAGCAAUAUUCUUUCCGCCCUGUUACAACGUGGCAAGGAUGGCCAAGGAUGUCGGAUUGAUAUUUCCAUGUUGGAGAGUAUGGUUGAGUGGAUGGGCUUUCCGAUGUACUACACCUUCAACAAUGCGCCUGGGCCAGUCCCGGCCGGCGCAUCACAUGCAGCCAUCUACCCAUAUGGACCCUUUGCAACAGGCGAUGGUCAAUCUGUCAUGCUGGGUAUCCAGAAUGAACGAGAGUGGAUCAACUUCUGCAAUGACGUUCUCUGUCAGUCGGAGCUGGCUACGGAUAGUCGGUUCUCCAGUAACUCGCUCAGAACACAAAAUCGCGACGCGCUGAAGCAAACCAUCCACGAUGUCUUUUCGACAUUGACUGCUGAACAGACCAUUGAGCGACUUGAUGCAGCGUCCAUCGCUAAUGCCAGUGUCAAUGAUAUGCAAGGGGUCUGGAAACAUGCCCAGCUUAAGGCUCGCGAUCGGUGGACUGAGGUUCAAACCCCCACUGGCCCAAUAGAAGCUCUUCUACCGCCUGGGUCUACUAAAUCAGCAGACAAAGGUGGAUUUGGGGCUCGGAUGGGAUCGGUUCCUGAGGUCGGCGAGCAUAACGAGGCGAUAAUGGCCGAGUUAGGAAUAUCACGAUAG